GUGCUCUGGACAGCACUAGCGAGCGGAGGUCUUCCACGCCAGUCGUUUGAGCUUUAAGCUUCUCCGGACAAAACAUUUUGUAGACUUUUAAUUCGCACUUCUAGAGUCAGAGCUCAGAGCUCAGAGCUCAAUAUGAGCAGCGGCUGUCGCUGCACUCGAAAGCUGACAAUGGCCGUGAGUGGAUGUCUGAUUGUCGCGGUGAUGGCCCUCACCGUCGGGCUUUGUGUGGGACUGGGCGGCGACAGCGAGGCCCUCGAGGACCAGCCAAGAUUUACGAUCGACCACCAGGCCAACACCUUCAUGCUGGAUGGCAAGCCCUUCCGGUACGUCUCUGGAUCGUUUCACUACUUCCGGGCUGUGCCCGAGUCCUGGCGGAGUCGGCUGCGGACAAUGCGAGCAUCUGGUCUGAAUGCACUUGACACCUAUGUAGAAUGGUCGCUCCACAAUCCCCAUGAUGGCGAAUACAACUGGGAGGGCAUUGCGAAUGUGGUCAGAUUCUUGGAGAUUGCCCAGGAGGAAGACUUCUACAUCAUCCUCCGCCCGGGUCCCUACAUUUGUGCCGAGCGAGACAAUGGUGGUCUUCCCCACUGGCUCUUUGCCAAAUACCCGUCCAUAAAGAUGCGGACCAACGACCCAAACUACAUCUCAGAGGUGGGCAAGUGGUAUGCGGAGUUGCUGCCACGCCUCCAGCACCUGCUCGUGGGCAACGGCGGCAAGAUCAUCAUGGUGCAGGUGGAGAACGAGUACGGGGACUACGCCUGCGACCACGACUACCUCAACUGGCUGCGGGACGAGACGGAGAAGUACGUGGCCGGGAAGGCCCUGCUCUUCACGGUGGACAUUCCCAACGAGAAGAUGAGCUGCGGAAAAAUCGAGAACGUGUUUGCCACCACUGACUUUGGCAUUGAUCGCAUCCAUGAGAUUGACAAGAUCUGGGAAAUGCUGCGCGUCCUACAACCCACUGGCCCUCUGGUCAACUCGGAGUUCUAUCCUGGCUGGCUGACCCAUUGGCAGGAGCAAAACCAAAGGCGUGAUGGCCAAGAGGUAGCCGAUGCUUUAAGGACAAUCCUUAGCUACAACGCCAGUGUUAAUUUGUACAUGUUCUUCGGGGGCACCAACUUCGGUUUCACCGCCGGAGCCAACUACAACCUGGACGGUGGCAUCGGAUACGCGGCGGACAUUACCAGCUACGACUACGAUGCGGUGAUGGACGAGGCCGGAGGAGUGACCAGCAAGUACAACCUGGUUCGGGCUGCAAUCGGGGAGUUCCUUCCGCUGCCCGAGAUUCCCUUGAGUCCCGCCAAGCGCCUGGCCUACGGAAAGGUGGAGGUGACACCCAAGCUGGCGCUGCUCUCGCCCGAAGGACGUGCUGCGCUCUCCAGAGGGGACGUCGUGAAGUCAACCAAGCCCAAAUCCUUUGAAGAGCUGGACUUGUACUCGGGCCUCGUUCUGUACGAGACGGAAUUGCCGAGCAUGGACUUGGACCCGGCACUGUUGAAAGUAGAUCAGAUCAAAGACCGCGCACACGUCUUCGUGGACCAGGAGCUGGUGGGCACACUCUCACGGGAGGCACAGAUCUACGCGCUGCCCCUCAGCAAGGGUUGGGGUAGCACCCUUCAACUGCUCGUGGAGAACCAGGGACGCGUCAACUUUUACAUCUCCAACGACACAAAGGGCAUCUUUGGCGAGGUGAGCCUGCAGCUACACAACGGUGGGUACCUGCCCCUCGAGAACUGGCGGAGUACCGCCUUCCCGUUGGAGCAAUCCUCUAUCGAACUCUGGCGCCGCGAGCACAGUGACCAGAAGAUCCUGGACUCGUUUCUGGCCAGGCAACGCGUUCUCCGCAACGGACCCAUCCUCUAUACUGGCAGCCUGACGGUGGCGGAGGUGGGCGACACCUACCUGAACAUGGCCGGUUGGGGCAAGGGAGUGGCCUAUGUGAACGGCUUCAACUUGGGGCGCUACUGGCCCGUGGCCGGCCCGCAGGUCACUCUGUAUGUGCCCAACGAAAUCCUCCAGCUGGGCGAAAACUCACUGGUCAUUCUUGAGUACCAGCGGGCCAACAAGACGACGAGAGGCGAUGACUUGCCUGCCGUGCAGUUUGACGCAGUUGCUCAGCUGGAUGGAGAGUCCGGAGAUGUUACACUUAAAUAAUAUAUGGGAAUUAUUUUUGGACAUGUCUUUAUUUGAAGCAGUUUUGAUUGAUCUUUGUAUCGACAACCUUUAAGCCUUAUAUAAUACAUUUUCUAACUCCUAUCAUACAUCUAUGUUUAUCUGUGCUUAAAUUAUUUUUGUUAAUCUUUGCUUGACUGAUCCGUUCCUUAUUUCAGCUCGCUUUCAAUUGACUUUUUCCGUUACCAUUAUAAUAUAAUUUAAUUACAAUAAUAA